UCGCACACUCCAGUCCAGCAGGUGGAGGAAACACGUUAUAACGCUCCCUCAAUUCGAAGAAGAAGAAGUAAUAGUUUGUUUGGCAAACGAGACUGAUUAGCUUCAGGAUUCUAGCCUUGAAUUUACGUCCGCACGUGAUCAACAUCUUGUUGUUCAGCAUCUUGGAGAAGACUUUGAUCAAGGUCGUCUUGGCUGAGUUGACUGAGCUGCCAUCAUGGGGGAGAGAAAAGGAGUGAACAAAUAUUACCCUCCAGAUUUUGACCCUGCUAAGCAUCAUUCUAUCAAUGGCUACUGGAACACACAUCCACUGCGCGAGAGAGCCAGGAAGCUCUCUCAGGGCAUUCUCAUUAUCAGGUUUGAGAUGCCCUAUAAUAUCUGGUGCGAUGGCUGUAAGAACCACAUAGGCAUGGGGGUUCGAUACAACGCGGAAAAGAAGAAAGUGGGCAAUUACUACACUACACCAAUAUACAGGUUCAGAAUGAAGUGCCACCUAUGUGUGAACUACAUCGAGAUGCAGACCGAUCCAGCCACCUGCGAUUACGUUAUCGUGAGCGGUGCGAGCCGCAAAGAGGAGAGAUGGAACAUGGCUGAAAAUGAACAAAUCCUCACCACUGAGCGCACGGAGAAGGAAAAGCUCGAGACCGAUGCCAUGUACAAGCUGGAUCACGGCGGCAAAGACAAAGAGAAGCUGCGUGCCGCCAUUCCAUCUCUAGCCGAGCUGCAGGAGCACCAGGCUGGAUGGAAAGACGACUUUGAGCUCAACAGGGCCCUCCGCAGGAAGUUCAGGGAUGAGAAGAAGGCCAUAUGUGAAGAGGAGGAGAAAGACAACGCCAUGAGGAAGAGGAUGGGUCUGUCUAUUCCUUUGGUGCCGGAAAAGGACGAAGACAAAAGGCUCGCCUCACUGCUCACCUUGCAGAGCCCUGACUCAUAUGAGAACAGACAGCAUACGAAGAGGCAGCAGAUCUCCUCUCGCUCCUGGUUUUCUCCGUCUUCCUCCGGUCCAUCGGGCAGCGCUGUGGGAAACCUCCUGAACAAACUGGGCCAGAAGGGCAGAGACGCCGCUGCUGCCAAAGCUGUGAACGCCGCUCCGAGCAGCUCUCUCGUCCGCAGGAGGUCAGACGGUGGCCUGACGUCACGUUCCACCCAGGAGUCCGUUUCGUCUCCCGACGACGUGGCUGCUUCCAACGUGCAAGACGCUGAUUCGUCUCCUGUACAGCGUUCAGAGGACAGACAGGACACCUAUAGACCGUCCACAGACCAGAGGGUUGGAAAGCCAGCUCCAGAGGUGCAUUAUGGGACGGGACACAAUAGCACUGAAUCCUGCUCUACACUGUCACUAGUGGCAGAUUACAGUGACUCGGACUCGGAUUCGGGUCAGUGAGGAAGCACGGGAACAGACUGAAAUCAAAACCACACACAUCGCAGACUGUCUGAUCAAAAAAGAAACAGUUUCUAAACUUUCAGGAAACAGGGUGAUAACGCGGGCUUUGUCAAAACCGUACAAAUGGGACACUCAACGUGAUUUCAGAAAGUUUAUCAUCAUUAAAAUUACCUUCCCAUGAUAUGUAGAAUCAUUCGUACCCUUCAUUUUUAUUUAUUUCUUCUUUUUUAAAUAUACAUUCACACCCAAUUAUAAAGUAGAAACUUCUACUGUGAAUUACUGCAAUAAAUUGAAGCAUGCCCAA